GUGUCAAUUCAUCAAUUGCUGUCAAAGAAAUAUGCAAUGUAAGCAAAGCAAAUCAAACAAAAUUCAAUAAAAAAACUUGGACAAAAUUGCAAAAAUGCAAAAUAAUGCAGAGCAGUAGAAAUCAGUAGCAUUUUAUUUAUUUACAUAAUAAAACAUAUGAUUUAUAUGUAAUGGUUAACUAGAUUUAAUUUUUCAUAUAUUUUGUUUAAAAAAAAUCAGCCAUCAUGUUUGAUAUUUUAAAAAAUAUGAAACCCACCCAUUUAACUGAAGAGGAUAAAAAGACUAUAAUCCAAGAUCUAAACUUAAAAAUAGGGGGUGAUAUUAAUGAUUUAUCUAAUGCAUAUGAACUUGAAAAUGAAUUGAUAAAAAGGAGAGAUCAGUUGAAAAACUCUCUUCAUGUAGCAAAUAACUUAGUUCCAACCAAACUAUCAUCAGCUAUAAAGAAAGCUGAAAACAAUUCAAACCAAAUACAAAAUCUCAAAGAGAAAAGUGAAAAAUUGAAAAUAAAAGUUGAUGAUUUUCUACAAAGAACAGAACCCUUACGUACAGAGCUCAAUAAGAGAUUCUCAGCUAUCAACAAGUUGGAUCAAGUAUUGAUUUAUCUCAGAUCUUUUGAGAAAAUUGAAGACCUCAGUCGUCAAAUGAAACAAUGCAAUGAUGAUGAACAACUGGUUUUGUUGUAUGGAGAACUCAAAGACAUGUGUUUGGACUACAAAACAGGCCACCGAGCUGCAUAUGUGCGAGAGUACACUCACUACUGGCAUAAUAUAUUGAAAGAUAAACUUACCAAACAUUAUGAGGAUGUGUUGAAGUUAAUAAAGUGGCCUCUAACUACUGGUGCUGAAAAUCCGCUCCCUUCCAAGGAUGCCUUGAUAAGGUUCUAUAAUUUGACGAGGUAUCUAUUUCUUAUUGAGGAGCCAGAGGAGUUUAUCACCAAAAAUGUUUCUGAGGAAAUUGUACAGGAACUGGAUCCAUGUUUGCCAGUGAAGAUUCUACUCAAACCACUGAAAAAAAGGUUCAUAUUCCAUUUCACGGGGUCCCGACAAACAGCGCGUAUAGAUCGACCAGAGUGGUUUCUCACUCAGACUUUAACUUGGAUAAAGGAUCAUCAAGCAUUUGUGAAAACACAUGUGCAACCAGUGGCUGACAAACUUGAGAUCCCUAAUGUCAAAGCUGUGGAUGAAUUUAACUCGGGCCUAAUAGCAUUAGCAGCCGAAAGGCUCCACACAGUACUAGCAUUGUACCACGCUCAAGGUUCAAAGACCGAGUUAGUUGAUGUUGAUGCAGCAUUCGCUCAUGCUGUUGAUGAAACUCUAGGCUUCCAUAAAGAACUGAUUACUGUGACCGGAAAGGAUUCCAAUAGUGUGCUAGCAGUGUUGACUAAAGCUGAAACUUUCGUGAGGUGGCUGGCUGUUGAAAAGAAGUAUGCCCUCGCCAAAAUGGACGAGAUGCUCAGUAACGAUCAAUGGUGCGAACCAGUCGCGUUGGGAGUGGGGUCAGCGGUGGGAUCCAUGUUGUGGGUGCCAAGAGGCGCGGACUGGUUCAUAGCGUUAUUGAAGACUAUCGAAGAGAGAUAUGCAGUCCUGCCACAGCCGGGGCAUAGGCUACAAUUCCUCGAACUACAACUGGAACUGAUAGAAGAGUGGCGCGUGCGUUUGACUCAGCUUCUUAGUGCUGCGGUUUCAACUCUUACUGUGGACUCGCUACUGACCGCUAGCACAGGCCACCCGCUGCUGGCGCACAUCAACACCGCUCACCACACGCGCUCUGUGCUGCUGCAGUGGGCUCACUGUCUGCACUAUUUGCAACUACAUUACUACAGGCGACAAUUCCAACAUUUCACGCACCAACAACAUCGCGACGAUACUGAUAGCAGUUCGAGUUCUGACGAUGAUGACUCCGAUACCGAAGAGAAUACCAAGAAGUCUUCCAAAGAAGGAGAAAUAGAAGAAACAAUGUCACUGAAAGAGGUAGAAAUCCGAGCUAAAAAGUUGGCAUUGAACGAAGUAUCGCGAAGAAAUUCUAUGAUUGUAGAACUCGGCCAAUUCGACGUAACUUCGCCAAUAGCAAAUUUAGCGGUAACAGAGCCAUUGGGGGCAGAAGACGCCGAAGAAGCGGGAGUUUUUGCUGAAGCGCCGGCGUUGUUGGCGCACCUGCGGGAUGCUGGGCUGGCGGCCUUGUCAGAACAUAUCCUGUUGGAGUUCAAGGCUGGCUUGCGAGACUACAAGAAGCAAAAAUGGCACGCGUGGCCGAUCGUAGAGGAGAGCGCGCUGUCGGUGUCGGCGGCGCUGUGCGCGCCGCUGGCGGGCGCGUGCGCGCGGCUGGCCCGCGCCGCGCGCGCGCUGGCGCCGCCGCUCACCGCCCGCCUGCGCGCGCAGCUCGCCAGGGACAUCGACCACUACCUUUACGAGGAAGUUGUGUUGGAGAACUGGUUCAAUACAGGAGGCACGGUGCAGUUCACUCAUGAUGUCAAGAGGAAUUUACUUCCUGCAUUCAUGCCGCCAAAUAAAGUCGCUUCGCUGGUCAACCAUUUUCCGAAAUUGUUAGAAGCGUGCAACCUUCUUAACAUGGAUUACGACGACGCCCGCCGCCUGCGUUCCCUUAUAUCCAAAACGCCGAACUUGGCCGUGGAUCACCUCACCGCUUUGGGUAUCCGUCACAUUCCGCCGAACGAAUGCCAGCAGAUCCUGAAUCAAAGAACCGACCUCAGCGAGACCACGUCACCGUCAUCGGUGAUGGAGUUAUUCUGAAGUUUCGAAGGAGGAGGCGUCUAAAUUGGUUUCGGAAAGGUAGAACGCUGUUUUGAUGAUUUAUUCUCAUUUUGAAUGUAGGGGUUUUUUUUUAAUUUAUCGAUCUUUUAUACUUUGGUUCGUUUGCACUAUCGGUAUAAAUUUUCCUUAUUUUUCAAUCGUUUUAAUGUUAUUAUUUAAUAUCAUUUGCCGUGUGGUUCCCGGAACCAAUAAAAAAAAAUAGGACCAAGAAGAACAGAUCCUUCUUUUUUUCAUGGAUGUCGAAAAAAGCGACUAAGGGAUAGGCUUUUCAACUUGAGAUUCGUCUUUUCGGUGAUGAACUAAUAACCUGUCACUAUUUGAAUCUCAAUUCUAUCUAUAUAUUCAUAUUCUAUCAAUCAAAAAGCUGAACGUAGCCUAUCCGUCUUUUCAAGACUGUUGGCUCUGUCUACCCCGCAAGGGUUAUAGACGUGCCUAUAUGUGUUUAGUAACAAAUGAAGCGAAAAUUCAAACAUUUUGUUAUACUGAUAAUUGAGAAAUUAUUUCGGAAUAUUUGUUCAAUAUGUUUUAUUCAAUUUGAGAUAAGUCAUAACAGUGUUGAAUACCUAUGUCGAAUGCCAGUAAUGGUUGGGUGUUAACAGCAGCCGGCCAUUACAUUAGAUUGCUGACUUGGAAAGUAGGCCUCCUCCUUUGAAUUGCUCAUAAUUAAGUUAUUAAUAAGAUGUAUGUAAUGUUUAAUGGAAUAACUAGAUAUAAAUAAUUACUAUUACUAGGUAAUCUAAGGCAAACGUUGGUACUUGCAAAGUCUUAGCGUCAAUACUUGGUGUAUAUAUCGAAAUGAAUUAAUUCACUAUUAUGCGGGCCUCUUAGUGGACACAAUAGAAUAAAAAUUAGAAUUAAUUAAUUUAUUACAAGUAGAGAUUAAAUUAAGAGGGUGUGGUUAUGAAUGGCGUAAGGCGAAAGCAUAGCUUUAGAUUGUAGAAGAAACAGCGUUGGACCAAUAAUGGAGCCUUUGGGUGCCAGCGUUAUAUUUCCUAUGCAUGGAAGAACAGUUUAGUAAGCUAUGAUCAGUUGCUUCUGCCGGGCAGAAACUAGCUGUCCAAGUAAAAUACAGUAGAAUAACUGUAUGUUCCCAAUGUAACUAACAGCCGUUUGCCAAAAAAAUUAAUUAAAAAAAAUCAUUUUUUUUUAUUCUGUUAUUUUGAUGUUGAAUGUUUUUAUUUUUGUUUGAGCAUAAUAUUAUUGUGGGUAGUUAAUAAACGGAUCACUUCGCCGCAAUACAUUACUGCUCAUAAUAUCAACUUUUAUUUCACACCCUUAGUUCGAUAUCUAACUAGGUUAGGACUAAUUUGUGUCCCUCGCUCUGCUGGAGCGCCGAUUCAUCCUCAGUCUCAUCCUUGCUCCAUCAGAAAUCAAAGCAUUGCAAACAGGGUGGACUUAUUUGUUUUAUAUAUUGUGAUAUGGUACUAGAAUUUUUAUUAAUUUUCACUAUGAAAAAAGUAUUUUUUGGGGACUAGAAAUUUUUGGCAACCUUAAGCAACAUUCGUUUCUCAUGAAGACAUUGUAAGUGUUGAUAAAGAAUCACUUGAAUGUAGUUUUAAAUUGAUUUUGAACUUGUCAACAUAAUGCAAAUGGGAAAAUUUAAAUGGGAUGGAGACAGAGAAAAUCAAUAGUUUUGAUAUGAAGUUAUUGGAUAUCCUUAACGUAAACUAUUUGUAAUUUUUAUGUCUGUUUAGUCUUAAGAACCUAUUAUUGUUAUUCCCAUUCAAAUAAUGUACUUAUGUAAGAAUCUAAUGUUCUACCAUAGACUUAUAUUAAAUGUAAUUAUAUUAGAUGGUGCAUGUAAUGUUGAUUGGUGUCUAUCUAUAAAAACAAAGGUAUAAAAUAUAGUAGAAAGUUAUAAUAUAUUUUGUUACUUAUUUUUAUGUUUCUUUUUAUUAUGUAUUAUUUAAAAUAAAAGAAAACGAAAUUGUUAUGUAAAACAUUUUUAUUAACGAAAAUACAGUAUUUUAUAAAAUUUUAUACUUUAAUUUGCAUAUAAAUCGUUGGAUCUUUAAGCUUGAUUCCCUUUCACUAUGGCAAAGAAUUUUAUCCCGAAACGACGAUUUGUAUCGUCUUAUUUAGUUUUUAUCAUAGCCACGGCCUUGGUUAAAAAAUAAAGGCCGUUUUCAUGUACCUGUUUUGGAACAUCAACUGCAUGCUUUCUUAUAACUAAAUAUGUUUAGAAUCCAUAUAUAUAGUAAGGUUCACUUGUCUAUGAUAUAUCUCCAAUGUAGCUAGAUAUAAGAUUGAAUUGAAUACAUGUACAGUACAGACGUCUAUGUAACAUAAGCUACCUAAGCUUUAAAAACAAAGCUAAUUUAAUGUAUUAUAUUAAAUUACACCUAUUAUUUAUUUAAGUCCAAACAUAAAGCCAAACAGCUGAACGUGGCCUAUCAGUCUUGACUGUUGGCCCUGUCUACUCCACAAUGGAUACAAACGUGAUUAUAUGUAUGUAUAUUAAUUUAAGUAUGUAUAGUAAAACAAUUUUCAAUUCAACAACACAGUAUGGGCAAGUUUGUUCAGUACUAUCCAAGCCAAAGCCAGCCCAAGCUGAAUCAUUGCGAUUGUCAUAAAAAUGUCAAUAAAUCACAAUAUUUGAUAAGAUAACAAUAUUUUUUUAAUAUAAAGGAGUGAAUAAGUUCAUUGUUAACUCUUUCAUGAAAAAAAACAUUUGGAGUUGAAAACGUAGUUAAUGUUACACCUAUUUAUAAAUAAUACAGGUGUUAAAACGAAUGUAACGUACCUUUAUUUCAUUUUAUUACCAAUUGUAUUAUUUAUAAAUAGUAUAAUGCAACGCGAAGGUUUAAAACAAUACUUCUGUCCAUUCUUUUGCAGUUUACAAAUGACUAUACCGAAAUGAGCCAAACUACUUUUUACCUCGUAUACUAUCAUAUUCCUCAAGGAUUUUCCGUGUCACUAUAAUAUUUACUACUUAAUAUAAUCGAAAUAUACUCAAAUAAUCUUAAUGAUCGUCUAGAUUAACUGUUUAAUCAGUAUUCUGUCAAGCACACACCACACAGAUCUUUGAAAUGGCACAUGUGUACUAAGCGGUGUAAGGAUUUAUGAAUACGCAUAAAAUUCAAUAAAACAUUUCGUUUCACA